AUGUUUAAACAGAAUGGUACUUUAAUAAUACCUAUAAAGAGCAUCUCUGGAUAUAAGCCUCUAAUACAGCAAUUAUAUUUCAUUGUUAGGAUUGGUGAUAGAUGCAGUAGGUUUCAUGUUACUGACAAAUAUUUAGAGUUGAAUAUCUCAGAGGCUGAAUAUAAUAGAGAACUUGACUGGUUUGUAUUCAAAAGGGUAAGGAAAAUUGGGAAAGCUAACCAAGUACUUGGAAUCAGGAGGGAGUUGUUGGGAAGGGUGUCAUUUAAUGUUUCAGAUCAUGUUCCAGCAGUAGAGACUGAUACUAGGAUUGAAUGGAAUUCUUUGAGCAUUAAAUUUCAUGAAUUGGGAAUUGGUAUUGGAUUUGACCUGGAAUUUUAUCCAAACGAACCAAUUGUACCAUUAAAAAUUAUCAAUACAAAUAUAAAACCAAAAGUGUCUCAUAAUAAAAAGAUUCAACAAGCACAGAAAGUAGUAAUAUCAUCAGAAGUAAAGUUGAAACAAAACUCUAAUAAUCCAUUUAGAAGGAUUAAGAAUAAGUUAAAUUAUUGUAAGAACUCUGGACAAUCUCAACUUAAUAAAAUUCAUGAUCCAUACCAAGAGGAAAUAUUGAUACAAGUGGGAGAGGUUUCUUCAAAUAGAAGCAGUUCUAGCAAUUAUUCAGAAGGUUUUGGAACGUAUACCCAUGGCCCUGUAGAGAUGCCAUUGACACCAGUGACGUCAGUAAAUUCAUCAGAAAUAGCAUCAUACAUUAAACAAAAUAUCAGGAGUGCUAAACAGGAUGACGUCGAAUCUAAGUUGUCAUUAGAUGUUCAGCCGAUGGAGUUCUUCAAGUCUGGGAUCAAUAGGUUGCAAUAUAGCCAAAGAAUGAAGUUCCAGAAUAAUUUUUCUUCGAUGAACGUCAAGAUUACUGGAUAUAUUGGCAAUGGUAAAUGGAUUGAUGAGGUUAUGUCACUUCCAAUAUCAUACUGGUACCUACAGAAUCACGUUGAGUCAUUACCAGGACCAAUGUUGCCACCAAAAUGUCCAGUGAAUAUGUUAUGGGAGGAAUACUAUAUAAUUGACAAAGAAAAAUACAUUCAAGAAGUAAUACGAUGA